CACCAUUCACCAUAAGUACACCGUGAAGGGCAGCGUAGCGACUAGCGAUAGCCCGGGAGGAUCAGAACAAGAAGAUGGUGAUGAUGAUGAGACGGGGUGCCCUGCCGCUGUGCGCGCUCCUGCUCGUCGCGCUCCUCUGCGCGGCGAGCCUCGCGGACGUCGCGGAAGCCAGGCGCGGCGGAGGCGGCAGGGGCGGCAAGGGUGGCCGCGCCAUCGGCGGCGCCGGCGGAGCAAGAGGAAGCCACAGCGGCGGGCCCCGCGGCCUCAGCGGCGGCACCUGGACGGCGUGCGCGGGGUCCUCGCUGCUGGCCGCGGCGGCCGUGCUCCUGUAGACUCUCCUAUAGUCCUACGAUCCUAUCUCAUGCUGCAUCGACGAACAUGCGCAUAGUUUUCUACCUUUUUUCUUUCCUUCUUUGGGUUUGGAGCAGGUAAAGGUUCCUUUUUUUCCUUUGUUCUGAUGAAC